UGGCUCACCACCCUUGUCAUGCCACGACCCCCCCAGUCCAACGAGGCCUCUCACGCGUGGUUCCUCAGCUAAAGACGCCUCGCGUUGCCUCUCGUUGAAGCCUCAGGAACCCUUUCCUGUUCUCCGCUCUUGGCUUCAACCUCGUCCAGGCGUCAGAGUCAAGCGAUGGACCGGCUUCCGUCGCCUUUUCCGUUUCUCGAGGCUAUUGAGAGUCUCAGGGCUCUCAAGAAUUCAAGAUGGGCGCUGUACUCCAGCCCCGAGUCCGACAGCCUUUACGAACAGAUGUACCAGAUGGCGCUGGUCUGCCUUGCGCAUCCCGAUCUCAGUGGCGAAGAGGAAGCGAACGCUGUUGUGAUGUGUAUGGUUCAUGACGUGGGGCACAUCGCAGCUGGCGAAGUGACUCUCGCCGACGAUGGUGGGGUAGAGGGCGCCGUCGAGGAAGAAAUCGGACUCAAACAUCUCUCCUAUCUCCUCAAGGAGAGCAGCCCGGCCUUGGCAGAGCGACUCCCAGAAGCCUUGGUCGAGUACCAGAACGGUGAAACUCGUGUUGCUAAGCUCAUCCGCCAGGUUGGAAAGUUCGAAUCACUGCACCAAGCCGUGAUCCGACGGAAGAGGGGGCUGGGCGUUCGUGGUACAGAUGACCUCGAUGCUAUGCGGGAGAGCAUCACAGAUCCUUGGUUGGCCAAACAAGCGGACGAGAUUACUGCCGACGACUGGGAUGCCCUCGACGAGACGGUCGGUUCCAAGGCGCCCACCAUUUUCGUGAUUGGUGAAUCGGCGCCGGACGAGAUAAUGCAACGCGUUGCCAAAGAAUUCGACAUGGAGUACGUUUCCGUCGACGAGCUAUUGCGAGAGGAACAGAACCGGCCAGGAUCCAUCUUCGGCAGGUUCAUCAAGGAAACCAUCGACAGCUUUACCAACAUUCCCCCGUCGCUAGCUGUGAUGCUGAUCAAGAGCAAGGUCAAAGGGGCUCAGUCCAUGGGGAGGGGCAUCCUGGUCAGGGGAUUCCCGCAGUGCGUUCGACAAGUUGUGGCUUUUGAGCUUGAGAUCUCGAAUGUCUAUUCGACAAUAUAUCUUGAAUACCCCGUCGAGAAGAUGAUGGAGCGAGCCGGGAUGGGUGAAGAUGCCCUAAAACAGGGAGAUGACGCCAGUACCGGAGAGAGGAAGAACCUGGAGGCGACCGAGAACUCAAGACAAGCGUUGGUGGACCACGUUUCGAAGAACUUCUUCCACAAAGUCGAUGCGACAGGAUCAACCGACGAAGUCUACGCAGCGAUUCGCGAUAUCAUCAAGAAGAUAACGGAACAAUGAGGAGUGUCGGAGGGAGGUGCGAGGAUUAAUAAAUACCCUGUUGAAUUGAUG